GCAGAUUCGCACCGGGAUCAUUUCACAGGGUCUCUGCCGUUCGUCCUUUCUCUCCUUCCUUUCAUCUUCAUCUUCAUCAUCAUGGCCCCCAAAAAGAAGGAAGAGCCGAAACCCGUCGCUCCCCCAAAACCCCCGGAGCCCGAGCCGCCCAAGGAGCCCGCGUUUAACCCGGCAGAAGUGCAGAUUGAGUUCACUCCUGAGCAGAUCGAGGAUUUCAAGGACGCGUUCCAGCUUUUCGACCGAACACCAACCAAUGAGAUGAAGAUCACCUACGCCCAGUGUGGAGACGUGAUCCGAGCGCUGGGCCAGAACCCAACCAACGCUGAGGUCAUGUACGUGCUGGGAAAGCCCAAAGCUGAAGAAAUGAACGUGAAGAUGCUGGACUUUGACCAGUUCCUGCCCAUUCACCAGCACAUCUGCAGGGCCAAAGGUCGUGGCACAUUUGAGGACUUUGUUGAGGGACUGAGGGUCUUCGAUAAGGAAGGAAACGGCACGGUGAUGGGCGCUGAGCUCCGACACGUCCUCGCCACGCUGGGUGAGAAGAUGAAAGAGGGCGAGGUGGAGCAGCUGAUGGCCGGUCAGGAAGACGCUAACGGCUGCAUCAAUUACGAGGCUUUCAUAAAGUACAUCAUGGCUGGCUGAGCAGAUCCAGGAGUGCUGUCUGAUGCAGAUUUCUCCUCCUUUCCUCUUUCCUUUUCUUUCUUUCUAUUUUUUUUAUAAAACUCUUUACACUUCACUCUGGUCAUCCUGUCAGCCUCUUCCUCUCUUUUCUUUCUUUUUCUUCAUCGACUCUCAUCACUUCCUUCUGAAGAUGUUGUACGUCACAGCGCUGUUCAUUUGUGGAUCAAAGAAAAAUCAUUCAAAUAAAACUUUAUGCCUGA